AUGUCCUCAGCUAAAGAAAAUGCAGCGCGCGUCUUGAUUGCUUCCAUUGCUGAUGAAGACACUACCACAGGUCUCCUCCUCGCUGGCACUGGCCAAAAAACAAGCGGCUCACAAAACUUCCUCAUCGUCUCUGGCAGCACGCCGGUCGAGACAAUUGAAAAGACGUUUGACAACUUUGUCAAUGAGCGAGAUGAUGUCGCCAUCCUCCUCAUCAAUCAGCAUAUUGCAGAGCAGAUCAGGCCGCGGCUUGAUCAAUACACAAAGGCAUUCCCUGCUGUCUUGGAAAUUCCCAGCAAGGAACACCCAUACGACCCAGACAAAGACUCCGUUAUGAAGCGUGUCCAGGUAUGUGUAUGCUAG